AGAUCUGGCAACCCUGAAAGGACUAUAUACAUCUCUGGUACUCAAGAAGUCGUGGUAUGAUCGGCAGAGCGUUGCACCAGUGAACAACUCCUUUUCUCGUCCUACUAAGAAAAAGUGUUGAAGUUCUUUGUUCGGGAGCUCAACUUGACUUGCUGCUGUUCAGAACUUCAGAACAUAAGAACAUGUCAGCAGACGUUCAGAGUCUCUAUCAAACUCCGGAGGAGAAAAAGACGCCCAGGGAAGAAUUGCUUGAAGCCUUGGAAAACCUUGGCCCAUACAGCAAUGUCAUUGAUAAAAAUGGGGCGACGGUGCUGAACUGUCUGCCUUCCAUUGUUUUAAGUCUGGGUGCCUCUGGUACAUGUCAAGCUUUCAAAUGGAUCACAACUGAAGUUGGUAAAGUCUUAUGUCUUAACCUGGUACGGUACUUUUGCAAGACGCUCAAAAAGUCAGAAGUCAGCGAGGAAUUUGAUCUGGGCAGUGAGGAUGGAGAACUGCAUGGUGUGGACAGAGAACUGCACAUUGUGCUGGUGGGUAAAGGCAGCAUCAGUGAUCAGACCCAUCCUGCCAAUCGGCUUGUGCCUCUGAAAAACAUCACUGAUACAAUCCUGUAUCCUCCAUGGAACUGCGCCAUUGACGGCAACGUUGCUUAUGGCAUCUCAGCAGGGUGCAUCCUGCCCGAGCACCGAGUCUUCAGAAACGGGGAACCUCAGGGGCCCCUCCCUGAACGCUGGAACUCCAUGGCAGCUCAGCCGGGAGCUGAAGUUCCUAAAAUCACCCUUGGUCCGAUGAGGAAUAAUGCUGAUUGGAUGAUGAAUCUCACAGCAUUAGCUCAAUGGAAGGAUUUGUUCAGAGAUCACAGGCGCCUUGUCAUUCCAUAUCCACCAGGAGGCGUCUUUGCUAAGUGGCUACCAGAAGUGGCUUUAUAUAAGAUCAUUGGUGUGAUUGCAUUCCUGCUCUGGAUUUUCAAAAAAAAAGCCACCAUUCACCUGGCCGCAGGUCUGGAGUACAGAGGAACUAAACCACUGGAUGAGAGGAAGCUGCAGGAACAGUAUGCCUACACAAGGUCUGGCACUGUAAUGUCCACAGAGAACAUGGAGCUCUAUGAUUUUUCCACGCUGUACGAACUCCUUCGCACCACAUUCAACGAAGCACAUGAAGAUUAAAAGGGCUCAAAACGAAUUAACAAAAUGGCUAAUUUCUUUCCUUUUUCUUAAUAGGCAGUAUGUAAGUUUAAUACACUGCUCAAAAAAAUAAAGGGAACACUCCAAUAACACAUCCUAGAUCUGAAUGAAUACUUUGUUCUGUACAAAGUUGAA